UGUGAAUUCCAUUACAGGUGCAUUUAAUCUGCCAAGACAGCAAAAGGAGAUGGUAAGCAAACGAAAAAGCCCAAAUUGAGGCGCAAUAUCUUCUUCGCUUAUUCGUGCAUUGGGCGCGAAGAAAGCGGGCGCUCAUUUCCCACACUCAGCCACGACUCCUUCGCACAAUCCCCAGAUUUUGCAAUGCCAACACAAUUUCGUUCUAGUUUAUAAGAGGGGGGAGUCUAUCUUCAGGCCUGCCAUUUCUUUGAGCAACCUUCUCAAUUAGCAUUUCUUGCACGAUUCUCCAUCACUCGUUAUUGGGAUCAUGCUGUCCACUCCUUUGACCGCCGUCCUUGCUCUGGCAACUUUGUCAUCAGCUUCCGUUCUCCCUAAUACCAAACGAGAUGCUAUUCUCAAACUUCCUGUCACUACCGUCAACCAAACAUGCCCUCUCACCAAACGACAAGACCUUGUCGAUCUUGCAAACACUCAGACUGGGACCAGAUACCUGAUCAGCUUCUCUAUUGGAACCCCCGAACAAACCGUAAAGGUGGCAAUUGACACUGGUUCGUCGGAUACAUGGGUGAAUCCAACUUGCUCGACAUCCGGCGGCACAGCGGAUACCGCCUUGUGCAACAGCUUGCCCGUUUUCCAACCGGGCUCCUCAUCAACUUUGCAAGACACGGGCGUUCCUAUGAACCUCGCUUACGGGCGUGGCACUGCACAAGGAGAAUAUUACAAAGACACCUUGGUGCUUGGGGGUAGUACCGUUACGGGACAGCAGUUUGGCGUUGCCACUUCUACUUCCGACCUUCCGAAUGGCUUCAUGGGAGUUGGACCCGGGAUCGAGCUCACUGGUUAUCCUACAAUUAUUGAUACACUUGCAACUGAAGGUAUCACUCAGAGUCGGGCUUUCAGUCUUGACUUGCGUGGUGUCGACAGCACCACAGGUUCAAUCAUCUUCGGUGGUAUCGACACGAUGAAGUACACCGGUGUCCUUGAGAAGCGCCCCAUCAUCCCCGCAGCAUUAGCGCCAGAUAACUUUGACCGAUACUGGAUUUACAUGAGCUCAGUAGGAAUUACCAAGCCUGGCGCAGCUCCCAAAACGUACCCUGCACCAUCAAACCCAGCGGGUCAACCCGUCUUCCUCGACAGCGGCGGAACCCUCAGUCGCCUCCCAACCACCCUCUUCAACGCCAUCCUCGCCGACUUCCCCACUGCUACCGCUGAUCCAGCAGGCAGUGGAAUCUACGAGGUCCCGUGUUCUGUCGCCGCAGAAGAUGGAACUAUGGAUUUCGGGUUCGGGAACACGGUUGUUCAUGUCCCGUUCCACGAGUUCAUCUGGCAGGCGGGCACGAAUCUUUGCGCUCUGGGUGUUGUUGCCGAUGACUCCUCGUUUGUUUUGGGUGACUCCUUCCUGAGAGCUGCGUAUGUUGUCUACGACCAAGACAACCAGAACCUGCUCGUCGCCAAUGCAGCAGAUUGUGGUACAAACCUUGUAGCUAUCUCCAAAGGUGUCGACGCCGUCCCUUCUAUCACCGGCGCCUGCGGUGGCUCCUCAACUUCGUCUUCAUCUUCCACUACCCCAACAACAACUCCUUCCUCCUCCACCUCAUCGAAGCCCACGGUCUCGACUUCGUCUAGCACUCGUUACUCAAACUCCACGACGACCCCCACCUACCCAAGCUCCACGACGGCUCCCACCUACCCAAGCUCAACUCUGUCAACCGUCUACUCAACCACAACCUACACGGUUUCCUCCUGCGCUCCAACAGUGACGAACUGUCCAUACGGUCACUUGACUACCGAGACAAUCAGCCUUUACACAACGUAUUGUCCCGUCGAAGCCACCUAUACACCAGUCGCCGCCACCUACACGCCAAUCGCCAUUGCCUUCACACCAGUCGCCGUCGCCUUCACACCAGUUGCCGUCACCUACGCGCCAGUCCCCACAACAUAUGGACCUAUUCAGAGUAUCGUGUAUGUGACGACCACCUACACCAUCUCAUCCUGCGCUGCGUCUGUCGAGCACUGCCCUUAUGGAUCGACGACCACUGAGACAUAUGCCACUUAUACUCACGUUGCACCCACUGGAACCGCCAGCGUGUAUCCUUACGUUACACCCACUGGGACCGGCAGCGUGUACCCUUAUGCUACGGCAAGUUCGAAGGGACAGGAGUAUACUGGUGGUGCUGGCAAGGUUGUCGGAGGAGCUGGAAUGUUGAUGCUUGUUGGUCUUGCUGGAUUGGCUUUGUUGUAGAAUCUUAAUCGAGAGAGACGGACGGGAAUUUUGUUGGGGGGGAGUAAUUGAGAGCCCGUGAUCUGUGUUUUGCAGUUUUGUCGAUAUUACUUUAAUCCGGACAUCUCUGGUGAAAAAUUGUAUUAUUAAUAUAUCAACACGCUUGAUUCUCUUCUAGAUGCACUGGUCUAGUGAAAACCUGUUCCCGAUGAGACGGCUUUCAUGAAAAUGGAAGCUAAGAGAAGUUUCUGGAUAUAUGAGACACUAGUGGACCUUGCUAAUUUACCAUAGAGUAGCUCCAAGCAAUACUACAAUUUUACAUGUGCUCAUCACACAACUGUCACAUUUCUUCCCCCCCAAGUCACCUCGAAUGGUCUCAAUGCUUUCCUUUUCGAUAUAUAACCCUGCCCUAAAGUAUGUACCAUCUGUCUCCGUUGGAUAGAAAAGGAGCCAGAACGAUUCGUAGGUAGGUUUCCCAGCGGUGUCCGUCUCG